AUGACAAAAGGAGCUUCCCGGCCAAAGCAGAAAACACGAUCCGCGGCAAGGCAACGGGAAAGAGGUCGUAGCCAGGAGGAGGCGGGUUGCCUUUGUGGUUCACGCAAAAGCGAAGCCCGAGGGAGGAGAUCCAAGGGCGCUAGAAGAUGCGCGCGCGCAUCCUCCCCUCCCGGCCAACUCCGGCCUGGUCAGCUCGCCGUGGCCGCCGCCUGGCAGCCUCGCUUGCCUGCACACCCGCCCCGAUCCCACUGCAAUGUUACCCGUAGGAGGAGCGACGAUCCGCGCUCGCUUGCUUGGGGCCCCCUUCCUCCGUGUCACUUUGGGUGGCGCCCGGCCGCUGCCAGCAGCUCUCGCUGGGCUUCUCGUCUCGUGGGGCGCGCCUCGCUCAUGCGCUUCGCGGAGCUGGCUGAUAAGAUAAGAACAUCAGUGGCCUCGGUGUCUUCCCAGCAGCAAAUGUUCCACUCUGAAACAGGGAAACCAAAAUUGGGAAUAAAAGCAAAAUGCAAGCACACAGAAAUCUCACAGCAAUCUCAAAUUAAUCUUUCAUCACAGUACAGAUAUAUGAUGCACAAACUUUCAUAUCUUUUGCACCUAAGAGAGUGCAGGGAAAUAGAUUGA